AUGGAAAACUUAAUAUUCUAACUGCAUUUGAUGGCAUUAUAAUACUAUAAAUAGAUGAAUGGUUUGGAUUAACUUUAAUAGAUAGGAUAGAAUUAUUAUAUGAUCCUUCUGACGGAUCUAUAGUAAAAGUAAUUGGGGUUUUAUUUACUAAUAAGGAGGCUUAAAUAUAUGAAAAUAGAAUUUUUAAGUCUUCAUAUUAAUUAGACUUUACUCCAGUUUAUACACAGUAUUGAAAAUAUCAUAAGAACUAUUAAUAAUAUAAAACAAGGGAAAAACAUAUUUAAUCAAAAUUUAAACUUCAGAUUUAAUUCACAAGGAAGUGCUUGAAGGAAUUCAAGGUCUAUUGAUAAAUUAAUGCUUGUAAGAACUAAUUUAUAUUACAUAAAUUGAUGCCGAUAUAUUGUUUUUAUACAGUGGAAAGUUAAGAUUUAUAUCAGGGGAUUUGACUGCAUCUAAAUCAAUAUUAACUAUAACAGCAUAAGAUUAAUUAAAUAACUCAUGUUAUGCAACAAUUGUAUAUAUGGAAUUUAUAAUUCCUCAGAUUCAAAAUUUAUAGCCUUUAUCAGAUUUAGAAGCUUCUGAUGUAUAUUAGGAUUAUUCAUUAAUUAGUUCUUUUUAAAUCCCAGUUUCUGAAUACAAUAAUUUUAAAAAUUAAAUCAGGAGUCAUCAUUAAUGUAGAAUCAAUAUACUCUAAAACUCUGCCAGCUAAAUCCUCUAAAUAUGUCAAAUUAAUUAGUUUAGAUGAUGAUAAUGACACAAGAAUCGCCAUCAUAUUUUAGGAAGCAUCUACUAAAAAUAUUUUAACUUAAUCUGUACGACUGAUUAAUAUAAUGAUGGAUAUGUAAAUUUAUAAUGCAUCAAUUAUAUUAAAUUUCCAAUAACUAUUGAUUUGGAUAACUCAAAUUUCUAAUGUUUCUUUAAAAAGAAAAUUUAUACGUUUGAUUGUUGAAAAUUAUUACACUGUUGAAAUGUAUUCAAUUUCAUAGAGUGAUAUUUCAUAUUAAUAUCAAUUUGCCUAUUAUCCAGAAUAAUCAAUGUUUAUAAAUCAAUCAAUCUUAUUUCAAAUAGAUUAUAUGUUAUAGUGGAUAAUUGGAUAUCUGGAAUAUUUAAAAUAAAGAAUAUUAUUCAAUUACUAUAGAAAUCAUAAGGGCAUUAGAAUUUAAUGGAAGUUGGAAGGUUUAGAAUAUCAUUUGAAAUUCUAGAUAUCACCCAAGCAUAUUAUUUAUUAUCAAUAAUGA